UUAGACUAUUAUAUGUUCCCUUAGGCACCAGAAAGUUCUACACGGCAUUAGUAAGCGACCAGAUGUGGUACAUUAUGAUUACAAAUUGAUUUUCUUCUCUCUCUUCACACAAGGCAACAUACACACGCAUGCAUGCACAUACGCACACGCACAUAAUGUUAUAUGAUAGUGUAGAAUGCCCUAGCUCCACGCCAAUCAUUAACAGGUUGGCCUUAAUAAACAGCCUGCUGCCCUUAUCAACACUAUUAGUUUAUUUUCCUCUUGGGGGAAGUUCUUUAGUGUUCCCCAGAUAUGCAUUUUGUAUUUUGCACCCUAUGCCCUAGUUUGUAGCUCUAAUCACUGCUCUAGAGUAUAAUAAGACCAUUAGCGUACGCCAUAAUGCAUAAUUAGGGUUUAGAAUAAUCGGUAAUAUUUACCGCUUUGUAUGAAUCAUAGCCCACGAGGAAGGUUUCACCUAACAUCGACCUUUACCAAAAAUAUACUCACUUGCAUCUCGCGUGGAGCUGGCUUUGCCAUGGACUGUGCUUUGUUUAUGGUUUACAGAAAGGUGUAACAUACGCUUUCCUAAGCACAAUUAGAGAUCCUGUACCCUAGCACAUGGGAACAAAUGCUGAAUUAACACAGAGGUGUACUCACAAUGUGGAGAUACUAUGGGCCAACUUGCCCUGUAAUCGAAUCAUCCAUGUUCAACUCAAAUCAUUCAUCCUUGGUAAUGAUCCCGUUAAGACUGCUUUUGUGCUCUUUGCUUCUCGAUACAUCUUGGUAGUAAGUGUUUGCACAAACUUUUGUAGCAUGUAGUACAAACUAUGAUAGGUAUGGUGGAUUGUUUGGUCGUUUUCUUUUUUCUUUUACUUUGAGGAAGCUUAGCAUGUUUGAAUCAAAUCCCUUUAUAGCAAGUGUUUGCACAAACUUUUGUAGCAUGUAGUACAAACUAUGAUAGGCAUGGUGGAUUGUUUGGUGUGUUCUUUUUAUACUUUGAGGAAGCUUAGCAUGUUCAAAUCAAAACUCUUUAUAUUUGUUCUGGAUAUUAGAUAAUUUCUCUUAAUAAAAAACCUAAAUCAUUUGCUGUGUGCUGUUCUGAUGAUGUUCAAAUUUUAAAAGGCGAAGUUGUGAUUAUUUUUUUCCUGGGAAGAAAAAAAGACAUCCGUUCAGAACUUGCUAAGCAGGACAGUAAAUACAGGGAGCAGAUUCUGAGAGAUGAACGAAUCCGAUGUCGAAACUCUUACCCCAUUCUAGCAGGGGGUGUGUAUUUUAGCUUUAGACUUACCCGCUAAAGAGACGAUUGCCAGCUAAUCUCGCGCAGGCAUUAUUCCAUUUGUUUACUUACAGCUCUUUGGCUGCUAUUUGUUGGAGCUUCUUUUGUUUGCAGGAAUCAAUCCUCUGCUCUCACUCACACCAGACGAAUGGAUGGAUUGUCCUGCUGCCAACAUGUAGGACCUAAACUCAUCUCAUCCUUGACAGCAAGCUCUUCCGCGUCGUCCGUGGAUAGGCUGCCCUCGCGCGCUAUCCGUCCGUGAUGCGAUGCGAUGCAGGCGCAUUCGCAUUGGCGCGAGAGAGCACGGAUGGAUGGAUGGAUGGACGGAUGGUACUGCAACACAUGAAUUUGUGCGGCAAUGAUUGGGGAAGGGGGACAUAGAUCUGCGGCAACCUUUCUGGCGAGCAUAAUGAUGCAGAAGAAGAUAAUCUGGUGGGCGGUCGGGUCCAGUUCCAUUCCUCAAUGACUGCGGCGCACGACGGGGGUGGCAAUGGCAUGGCAUGGCACGGGUAAAUGCCUUGUGCCGAGCCCGGCCAGCGCUGCCGUGCACAGGACUGGCAAAGCGCGUGCGGACGGACACCGGGUCGUGGACGGCGAAGGCCAUGUGUAGGGGCUACCCUAACAAAACCAAAACCCUCUACGAUACGAGGCUCACGGUCUUCUCCUCCUCGUUCUCAAAGAUAAGAUGAGGAGGGGAAAAGAAAAGCGGAGGCAGAGCUAAGCUGGGGAGGGGACUGGUCUCGGAAUCUAUCUAUCUAUCGAGGCUUGUUAUCUACGUAGCAGCAGCAGCAGCUCGUGGUCCAUGCCCUGGGCAGUUUGAAGUCGUAUCCUUUCCGGUCUUUGGCCCGGCAUUUCUCUCUCAAGAUUCGCUACGUAUACGUACAUGAGGAGGGGAAAAGGCAUGGAGCGAGGGAGGGACGCUGCUGCGCUGAGUAGAAAGAUAAAGAGGAAUGGAGGAGCCACAGAAAGAUUGAGAUUAGGAGAAUCUCAACUCUGCCCUGCGGGAAAAAGCAUCUCCAGCAGCUGGGGCAGACCGCAACUCCUCCUCUAAUCAAUCAAACAAAGGUUUCAUUUUCAGCUCUGAAUUUCGCAAGAAAAAGAAAACGGUAUAAUUCCUACUACUCCCUAGUAUGAGUUUCCUACGCUCGAAAGUCCAAACAAAUCUCAAUCAAUAAUGAAAUGAAAUGAAAUGGGACGAAAGCGGCGUUGCUUUGCCGUGGGGGGCAAAACGGCGAGGCCUCGAACGCAGCCCCUCCUAAUGUUGACCACCAAUUUCCCUUGAGCAAAAAACUAAUGAUGGCGAUCAUGGAGGGCGUGUAAAUAAUUGCCCGUGUCCACCCAUUAAAGAAGUGCAAACAGUCAAAUAAUGAUGAGCGGGGUGGGUGCACAAGUUUUACAGCCAGGCAGGCACCUUGAGAAAGCGAGCAUAAACUAAUGCCUGCGAGGGUUGGCAAUGUCAGGGAUGCCUCUUUACGCCUGCUCCUCCUCUGCUCCUGCUAUGCUAUGAGCGGUGCGGUGCGAUGCCAAGCAAGUAAGUAACCCAGGCAGAGGGAGUUGUAACUAAAGGAAAGCAAAGGUAAACACCAUGAUUAAAGGGCUGUUAACAAAGGAAAGAUAAAGCGGGGACGGUUAAGGUGCCCUAAACAUUUUAAUAAAGCUUAUUAAACAAACAGAAAACUGGCCGUGGAUGGCGGUGGUGGCCAGUUUGUGACUAGGAGGAGGAGCAGAGGGCUAAAGCGGUUUGUUGCCUCUCUCUCUCUCUCUCUAUCUCUCUCCUCUCUCUGUGGUUAACCAUGCACAAAAACUAGUAGGGCCUCUGGUGGUGGUGGUCAAGAAGAACUAGUAGUAGUACUAGCAGUGUAGUCCUACAAAUGCCACAAGCCUUUGCCUCCACACUCCCUCUAGCUAUGUAAGCAUGGUCUAUGCGUCUCCCUCUUUUCCUAGCUCAUCUUCUUCCUACGCCUCUCGCCGGAACCCCUAGCGCCACAAUCUGCAGCGGCCGCCCCUCCUUUUCUUGCCGUUUCUGUCCAUAGCCUCGCUGCCUUAAGAGCUUUUGCCCAUCGCAUUGCCCACACGGCCCUACCCGACCAGAGCACUUCGUCUUCCCUCUCGGCUGCCUCUCGGGUUCUUUCGGCCAGCGGAGGAAUCCAUUUGCUACGCUUGUUGUGCGAGCAGGCAGCUAGCUAGGAGCCAUGGACAUGAACGAGAGCAGCGAGAAAGGGAUGGAGGGCAAUGGGUCCUCUGGCCCCGGCGGCGGCAUCCCCGUGGAGUGGCAGAGCCAAUUCAGCGGCGGCGGCUUCUCGGCGCACCAGCACCAGCAUCCCCACAUGAUGGACUCCUUCGCGUCGGGCAUGUGGUCGGCGGCCUCGCAGCAUGGCGCGGGGUUCCUGGCGCCGGUGCCCGGGUUCCUCCCGCCGCCUGGCCUAGGUGGCCAUUUCCCGGUGGACUCGGGCUUCAUCGAGCGCGCCGCGCGAUCGUCGUGCUUCGUCGGCCCCGGCGCUGGCGGUGGGAUGAUGGGCGCCGGCGCCUACGGCGGGGCGGGCGAUCAGCACAUGGGCAGCGCUUUCGGGGAGGGGUACUUGGAUCAUCGUAGGAAGGAAGGCGGGGACAAGGCCGAGCCGGAGCUCGCCGGGAGCGGAGGCGUGCCGAGCUCGGAGGCAGCCGGCGGAGACUGCUCGUCCAAAGGGUCGGACUCCAAGAAGAGGAGAAGGCCCAGCGAGGCGAUGGGCGGAGGCGAUCAGGUUCAGUCUUCCAACGUGGCCGCUGACUCCGCAAACGAGAGCGCCCAGAGCAAAGAUAAAGGCGAGGAGAGCAGCCCGGCGACGGGGACGACGACCGGCGGCAAGUCCAAGGGGAAGGGUGCCAAGGAGAGCUCCGAGAAGGAAGACUACAUCCAUGUCCGAGCCCGGCGCGGGCAGGCAACCAACAGCCACAGCCUUGCUGAAAGGCUGAGAAGGGAGAAGAUCAGUGAGAGGAUGAAGCUUCUACAGGACCUUGUUCCCGGCUGCAGCAAGGUCACCGGGAAGGCGGUGAUGCUCGACGAGAUCAUCAACUAUGUUCAGUCCCUGCAAAGACAAGUUGAGUUCUUAUCGAUGAAGCUGGCGACAGUAAACCCGAGGCUUGACCUCAACAUAGAAGGGCUUCUCUCAAAGGAUCUUCUUCGCUUCCCUGGGGUGUCUUCGUCGUCCAUGGGAUUCUCCCCGGAGAUGAUGCACCCGCAGCUGCAGCUGUCGCAGCCGGGGCUGAUGCAGGGAGGCGCCGCCGCCAUGGCAAACUCGGACGUGUUCAGAAGAAUCAUGCAAGCGCAACUAGGAGCAAAAGAUGGAUCCCAUUCCCAGAUGGCCCACGCAUUGAAUGGCCCGUUCAGCGAUCACGUUGCGCAGAUGGCUUACCCGUCCAUGGGCUCCUCGCACUCGCACUCGCAGGACCUCAGCAUCAGGCCGUCCCAGGACGCCUACCAAAUGUGAUUGAUGAGAGAUGCCAUUGCCAGCCCCGAGCCUGAGAGCCACCCGGCCCGAGUUUGUUUGUCCAGCUAGCUGGCUGGCCUAGCUAUCAAUCACCUGACCGCCAACGGGACGGGCAGCAGAGGCCACAUGCACGAGCAAUAUGACCACUGAAGCUGCUGCUGCUGCUGCCCGUGCGUGCGUGCAGUGCACAGCUGGAGCCUUUAACUGCGCCGUGCGUGCGUGGCCGUGUGUAAAUCGAUCCAUGGGUGGAUCGGUCGUGUUCUUGUUGUAUUCGGGGCUGGAACUGGAAAAGGGGGUUGAGCCCCGCGGGGUGAAAUGAAAUCCUGUGGCGUGGAAUGGAUGGGAA